CCUCACAUUUGGGUUGAGUAGAGAGAGCUGGGCUAUAUAAGCUGGACAGCAACGGAGCUGAAGAUCACUGCGGUUGCCAGAUUCAUCGCUCCGAAUCUCCCCCACAGCCACUAAAGCACACACAGAGCAAAAAUGGCAUUUGCCGGUAUUCUGAACGAUGCUGACAUCACUGCAGCCCUGCAGGCCUGCCAAGCUGCUGACUCCUUCAAGCACAAGGACUUCUUCGCCAAGGUUGGCCUUUCCUCCAAGUCCGCUGAUGAUGUCAAGAAGGCAUUUGCCGUCAUUGACCAGGACAAGAGUGGCUUCAUUGAGGAGGAUGAGCUUAAGCUGUUCUUGCAGAACUUCUCCGCUGGUGCCAGGGCUCUGACUGACGCUGAGACCAAGGCCUUCCUUGCAGCUGGUGACAGUGAUGGCGACGGCAAAAUUGGAGUUGAUGAGUUUGCUGCUCUUGUGAAGGCUUAAGCACUCAUUCACCGUUUUUCGGAGUUGAUGUUUGCUGCCGUGAUCAAACAUUAAACGACAACUGACCACAACCCCUUGCUGGAAAGGAACGACACUGCCUGAAACCUCAUCUCAGUCAAGCUAGUUUUUGUACACGAAUUUGACAUGCCUGCACACCUUCCGCUCCCAAGCUGCGCUCUGUCCAGAAAGACUGUACAUUUUAUGUGGUUGUUUUUCUCCUGCCAUAGACAUGGAUUUGGAGUACUGUACAAUCUGUAAUGCACUUUUUGGGAAAAGAUGGUGAGAAAACAAUAAAGCAAUUUCUUUUUAA